UAACCUCAUGCCAAAUUGAACUCUGGAUGUAUUGAUUUAUGAUGUACUUUUACUGAAAUAAUUUAACACACAAGGUGCUCUUGUAACAAUGUCACUGUAUAGCAUUAUUUAAUGUGCUUAAUACUUAAAGUAAGAUUAGGAAUGAUACCUUUUUGUCUUUACUUUCGUUUCAGGUAUUGAUUAUUUUCCCUCUGUUGCUCUUCUUUCAUUGGUUUUGAAGUAAUAUCAACGAUAACAACAGCAAUAAUACGUUAUAAUUGUAUUGCGUCUCAUGUAUUUAAUAAUUCACACUCCAUUCUACGUGUCCUGGAAAACAAAUGUAUUUUUCUUGAGUGCCGUGAACGCAGCAUGGAUUCCUGCUUCCGCAUCCCGUCCGGGUUCAGACCAACAUGGCGGCUGUGAAAUGACGGUCUCUAGAUUAAACUGAGAUUAUAUUAUUCAUGUUUGCUCAAUGAAACAUUUCAUAGACGUUUCGUGUUUCUGUUCCUUAAAACCUUCAGUUUGUGUCCGGAUGUUUCUGAUCAGUAAAACCCACUCUGAUCCUGGUGGACCAUCACUCUGAUCCUGGUGGACCAUCACUCUGAUCCUGGUGGACCAUCACUCUGAUCCUGGUGGACCGUCGGCUGCAGCAGACCUUCAGAGACAUGGAGAAGUUUGGAAUGAGUUUUGGGGGCAGUUCUGGAAGAAAGGAGCUACUGGACACCAUUGAGGCCCAGAAGAAGCAGCUGGUCCAGUACCAGACCCGCUUUAAAGACGUGGUUCAGGCCUAUAAGAGUCUUCUCAAAGAGAAGGAGGCUUUGGAGGCAAGUUUUAAGGUCUUGGCUGUGACCCAGGAGGUGGAUCUAAACCAACAAUGCCAGGACACCAGAACCACCUUAGACCUCCAAGAGGACGGCUCCUCCCUGCACAGUGAGGACAGUGUGAACACUGCAGUCUCUGUGGACAUUGAGACCACCAGUGAGGACCAGGGCGAACUAGGAUCUAGGUCCAGUUCCCUGACCCCGAGGUCUGAUUCCAGCACCGGCGGCUCCGAUAACUGCAGUGUGGGGGCGGAGCCACGGCAGCAGGCCACACCCCCUCCCAGCACAGAGGUGGACCGUCGACUCGCCCAGCUGAAGAAACAACUGAGCACGCUCACAAGCGCCCUCGCCACGGUGACGCACGAGAAGUCUCGGAUGGAGGCCAGUUUUCAGGCAGACAAGCGCCAGCUGAAACAGGAAAUGGAGGAGCUCCAGGACCGCCUGGUUGCUGUCACAACACAGCAGGAGGUGGAGCUGUGCGCCUUGCAGCAGCAGUUGGCCGAGGGCCGCGCUCGCAUCAUCACGCAGCAACACGAGAGGGAGCAGGAGCAGGGAGACCACGUCCAGCAGCUGAGGGAGCUGCAGAGGAUCCUCCAGCAGGAGAGAGACCUGCGACAGAAUGCGGAGCUUCGCCUGCAGGACGCAAACGCCACUCUCAUCAUGACAUCACAGGCCGUGGACCGGGGGGCGGAGUCCGAGGCACACCUGAACCAGGUGAGGGGGGACAGAGAUGAGCUCAGGAAGAAGCUGAUGGCUGUCGAGGAGGACCAGAAGAAACCAGAUCCCAGAGUGAAUGAACUGCAACAAGAGCUGACAGAGCUGAAAAAACACUUCCAGCAGCAGAUUCACCUCGAGACCACAAAGGCCUGCGAGGCAGAGGUCCGACUCCUGGAGCGCGCUCAGGCCGCAGAGUCGAGGGUCGCUGGUCUGGAGCAGAGAAUCUCCGAGCUGUCGGAGCUUCUGGGUUCCUGUGAGAAGACGAGGCAGAGAGAGCAGCAGACGGCUCAGAGACUCAGAGACCGGAUCCUGCAGCUGGACACGGAGAACAAGACAUUAGCCAGCAGGAUGACCUCUGACCCCGGCGUGGAUGAGUCUCAGCUGGACAUCGCCGUGCUGAAGGAGAAGCUAGAGAAGGUGAAGAAGCUGUUGGUGCUGGCAGCUCAGAGGAACCCCAACCAGAACAUCCAGGAGCUGGUGGACACCCAGGCAGAGUUGGGCGGGGACAAAGUCUCGGUGCUCCAGCAGCAGGAGCUUCAGCAGCUCAAAGACGAGUUUGAGCGCUACAAGCUGCGAGCACAGGUUGUGCUGAAGAACAAAAAUGCCAAAGAUGGCUCUCAGGCCAAAGAGCUGGAGGAGGUCCGGGACCAGCUGUCCGAACUGAGGGAGAAGUACAUCAACCUGCGGAUCCAGAGCGACGAAGCAGAGACGCGACACCGCCGGCAGGUGGAGGAGCAGCAGCAGCAGGCGGCGGGGCUGCAGCACACUCACAAACAGGAAGUGGAACGGGCAGAGGUGGCGCACCGCGACGACCUGCUGCGACUGGAGGCGGAGCUUCACAAACAGAGAGAGAGGACCAUGGCGCUGCUGAACGAGAAGGACCAGGAGCUGGAGAGGCUGCGUGCCGCGGCGCCGAGCUUCACCGACAACUCCGUCAGGACGGCCGAUAACAUGCAGGAGUCUGGCCCGGAGUCCGAGGGUGACAUCAUCAGUCAGGCUCUGUGGUGGCCGACGCCCACCGAGCCCACGCUGCUGCUGUACGCAGAACAGCUGGCCAGGAAGGAGGUGGAGGUGGGAAACCUGCGGCGGCAGAAGCACCGGCUGCAGGACGACAUCCACCAGUUGCAGGCCAAGCUCAUCGCCAACGCGGAGCGGCACGACGAGGAGGCGUCCGCCCUGCGAGGACAACUGGACAAACUGAUCAGAGAUCAAAGCAGAGAGGGCGCCAACAUGGAGUACCUGAAGAACGUCACUUACAAGUUUCUGACACUGCAGGACGCCAUCGGGAGACAGCAGACGCUCAACGCCAUCCUGACCAUCCUGCACUUUAGCCCACAGGAGAAGACCAUCGUCAUGAGGCUGCAGGGCGACACCUGGUGGACCAACAAGAGGUAG